CAGAAAUUCCUUUCAAGUGUUAUUAGAUCGAAAUGCAUGGAUUUUCAAUACAACCUAACCCUAAAUUGUGUUUGUUUGUGACAUUUAUUUGAGGUUAUAAUGACUUGGAAUCAUAUUAAAAUCGUCGUUGCAGUAGACAGUAAGAUAUUAUUGAAAAUCUUUUUAAAAAUGGCAGAAGGAGGCUAUGGGUGUACGGAUACAGAGACUGGAAGCGUUCCUAUACCCAUCAGUCUGUACAGUCGUCACUCUCAGAAUUAUGUAGAGAGUGUGUCUGUUGAGAUCUGUACUAUAAUGACCCGGCUGGGAUACGGCGAGGAGAUGAGACGGUGGCGCGUUGCGAAGUACAGGGAGUGUGACAGACUGAUAAAUGCAUACCUUAGUAAUGAACUGGUAACUAUUAUCACAGCUGGCAGUAAGGCAGAAGGGCUGACCUGCUUUUUAGAAAGCGACCGUGACAAUCUAUACUUGCUGAAAAAUGUCAUCUGUUUGGAAGCUGGUAUCAAUCUUUACAGCAUACCAGACGACUUACAAGUGUACAGGAUGGAUACACAGGUAUAUCCAGGACACUGCAGACUUUUAUUAGAGAGACAAACGUCUAGUUGUUACGAAAUAAUCCACAAUGCUCUGUGUGAUAAUGGAAAUGGGGACGUUCUAUUGAGCAGUAGUUUAUUGUUAGAUGAAUUUUCGUCGCUCUCUGCAUAUGCCGGUCAACUCCUCACUGCAUAUACCGGUCAACGUCAACUCGAUGUGGAGCAACAUAAAUGCGUGGGACCGUCAUCACCGCAUACCAUUGAAGGGUCUUUCCAUGGAGACAAAGUACUCGCACUACGCUGUCUAUGCCCAAGUGUCCUACACAGAUGGGCUGCCAGACCCCGUCAUUGGCCGUCACCAGUCAUAGUUAAGAAAGUCGUAACAUUAGGAGCGAUUCUAACACCGGUAGGAUUUAAGGGGAGUGAAUUCAAGCACAUGGAAUGGCGGAUUAACUUUAACAGCGGUGAGGCAGAACUCGUAAGCAACCUUAAUGAUACUCAGGCGAAAGUUUAUGUUAUACUAAAAAUGAUCAUCAAAGAUAUAAUCAAACCAACAAAUAAAGAAAUAACGUCAUAUAUACUGAAAAACAUAGUUUUAUGGCAAGCUGAACGUAACCCACAGACACGCUUUAGUGCAUACAGUUUGCUUCACUGGCUGCAUGACGGUCUGAGAGAACUAAGGACUGCAAUUGCCAAAAAACAUAUGCCGUAUUACAUGAUUCCUGAACGAAAUUUAAUGGAAGCAUGUGGUAUAAACAAUAGGCUGCAUCGUAAAUGGGUAGCAGAUAUCACGGACAUGCUAGAAGAAGGUCCCGGGGUAAUACUUAGAUUGGAGAAGAUACGAAAGGCUAUUGUCGGGUCCCCGGAGCCUAUGUUGUGGUACAGCAAGACAAGGAUGGAGCUGGAGAUGCUGUGUAUCGAGGAGACGUUGACUUACUCGGAUUUCGUGCUGAAUUCGAUACGUUUUCGCCGUAGAGAGGUAUUGAAAGAGGUGCGACAACGAAUGAUCCAGGAGGGCGGUUCUGUAAAUAAUCUAUUAAAAUUUGUUAACGCAAUGUUAAAGUAAUAAUGAACUAACAUACUAAAAUUACACGUGUACCAUGGCUGUACUAAAGACCACACAUUCAAUCAAAUAAAUAAUGUCAGUCAUCGACGGAUUAUACGGCGUAAUAUUUUCCAAUAUAUAUGCAGUAUUUAUUAAAUUAGUGAUUGUAAAAUAAUAAUGAACUAAAAACCCAUCAGCGUAUAUAUUGGUGUUUUACAUUCUUGAAUAUGGUUGUAAAAUACGAUGUUAACGCAGGUAAGCCAUCUGAUAAAAAAAUUAGCAUUUAUUGAUUUUUCGUGGAUUGUGAUUUUCAGUUCACAACCGUAACCCCCAUCAUAUGUUUAAAAGAAAUUUCGAUUUAAAAAAUGUGAGCGACUACCGCAUCUCGGAAACAAUUCUUUAAGUUGCGAAAUGAUUCAUAUGGUUGGGGUUACAAAUAACAAGGGAGUCGUCGUUGACUCAAACAGCUGACUCUCUUGAAGAAUCACUGACGGUGUUAUGGCAAUGUGGAUUUCGUAUCGCAUAAAUGUGUAAUGAAAAGCAAUUCAUAUAAAAGCCAGACACAUUUAUGGUGUCCUUUUUUCUUCAUUACUACACGAUAAUACUUGUUCUGAUAAAUGUCAAAAUUCCCUUCUUUUCCCCCAUUAUAAUGAUUUCAAUGAGCUUUAUUCAUAAAAAAAUGAGAGUAAUUAUCAAGACAAACAAAUUAACAACAUCAACAAUAGCUUGAUAUUUUCGGUGACUAUGGUACGCUCUGGAUCGUACAAGAUUGUCUGUUUCGCAUCCGCAUUCUAGACGUGUCUUGAUGUAUUUCCAACAGGCUAUACGCAAAUCUCAGAGUUCGCAUAAAUGAACAAUCGCGGUGACGUCAUUGAUAGUUGCAGACCCGGGCUGAAUGAACUAAAACAAUAUUCUGAACACUUCGGUGUUGUACUUUCGCACGAUAAUUUAUCGUUUUAGAAUUGCGGGAUUCUGGCUGAUCGAGGUAGUUGCUAAUAAGUCGAUAAGUCGCAUCUUCUGGUACCCAUCCUGUUUUUGUGGUGUGUUACUUCGUGUACCCGGUGAUCUAUAUCCGGUACUCUUGGCUCUGUGUGUGUGACUAGGUGUCGGAGAGAUCUGUAUAAUCAUAGCCGGGGGAGUAACACACGCGUACAAUUGAAUGAAUACCUCAUAGUAUUGAUGGAUUACAUUAAUGAUGUAAUAACACGUAAAAGUAACCAUAAAUGUUUUCUUAAUUAUUUCAUUCAUAAUGAGUAUUUCAUGAGUUCUUACAACUUAAUUUAAACUAUGUGUUAGAGAAGACAUCACAGUUACAGUUGUCGAUCUUUCUUCACUUUGUAUGCGUUUCAAACUCCGCGAGUCCCUCCAUUUUUGUUAUUACUGAGCGGUAUGUAAGAAUUAUUACCUGCUUCCAUUGUGUUACAGACAACACAUGUCUUCUGAGAACGACCUUCUUGACGCAGUUGUCUUAAGCAAAGAGAUUAGUUCAAUCAUAAAUUUUUAUUCGCCAUCCGAUGAGUAAUAAGUACAUUUGUUAACUGAGUCACAGAAAAUAUGCCAUUAGUUGACUGACUGUUUUCUCAACAUACCCGUAAUUGAGUUGUUGUUCGUACCCACCGGUUAAUCUUUUCAUCGCCCAGUCUGAAAGAGCAGAUAUCGUAACGGUUGUCAAUGAGGACUAAGACACUCCUGUCGAGAUAAAUGACAUUCGCUAUCGUUAUAUCUGCUAUUGUGUUUAUGUUUAUGGAAUACAAUUGUAUAUUGUUUUGAACUAUUUACAUAACAUACCAUUUUUGUAAAGAAGUGCAUUAGCUAAGUUUCGAUGCGGUGUAGCACCGCUUAGAUUAGAAACUGGUCGAUAUGAAAAUAUUGAAUUGGGUAAUCGAACAUAUUUCCAUUGUAAAAACAUAGUGGAGGAUGAGAUACAUGUUCUUUUUCAUUCAUUGUCCUUUAUAUGUGAAUAUCAGGAAAAGUCUAAUGGACAUUUUAAUUGUAACUCCAAAUUGUCACAACAUGUCAGAUACUGAGAAACUUAAAUACAUAUUUACAGAUGGGAGGUUGCUUUAUAUAUCAGCCAAAUCCUGCUUUAGUAUUCUCAAAGAAAGAAGGAAUAUUUUAUAUUCAAAAUGAAUUGUAUAUACUUAAGUUUUACGCUGUACAUUUGUAAAAUAGUUUAUAGACUAGUCUAGGUUUUAAAAAACAAAUGGUAUUUUAAUGUAUGAACAAUAUUGACAAGUGUAAAUAAAACCACAUAGUCUUAGCUGCAAUAACUUAUUUUAAUAGAAGUAAGUUUUAACGAUAUGGAAUUCAUUUGUUAGUCAAUAAUUGUUAAUGUAUAUAAGUAUGUAAUUAUAUAGUCUCUUAUAAAUCAUAUUAUGAUUGGUCGCAUACAUGUAACUGUGCUUUUAUAUGUAUUUUAAUUGUAUAUGUAUUGCGAAUGAGACUCUAAUAAAGCAUUGAAUUGAA